CUCACAUGGUACUGCCGCCCACCACCACGACCCCGUAACGUUUGGCAGGUUGCCUGCAAACGGCGGUGGCCCUGCGGGUGCGCAGCAGCCGUGGCAGGUGGCGCCGCCGCCGCGGCCCGGCGGCACGCUCGCGAUGACGCCUCUCCCCAUCGGCCCGGCGCGGACGCCGCCAGCAGCAGCAGCAUCAGCAGCAGCGAGGGGCGGGGCCAUAGCCAGGCAGGCGGCGGCGGGCUCGGCCGCGCCGACGGGGCAGCAGCUACCGACCGGACCUCUGCGGGAGCAGGACGCCAUCUUGUAG